AUGGCCCUUCUUCUCACGCUGCCGCUGCUGGCGGUGAUAGGUGCUGGGACAGCCGCGAGGGCAGCGCUUGGACCGGCGCCGGCAGUUGCGUGGCGCAACUCCGAGCUCUCGGCGGAGUUGCCGGACUCCUUCACGCACCUCUUGGGCGCCGUGGGCUCCGUUUGCGUCACCGGCGACGACCGGGUUGGAAAGUCCACCCUCCUCACAGCUUGGACGCAGAAUCUCACGGGACGCGAGGACUUCGUGUUUCCUGCGGGGCAGACGCGCGACUCCCUGACCAAAGGUCUUUGGUCCGCCGUCCUACCAGCCGAGGCGACGGGCCUGGACUUUCACCUCAACCUCUGUGACUCGCAGGGCUUGAAACAGGUCAACGAGCUGGAGCAGUGGAGGCUCUUUGCAGCGAACGUCCUGAUACCCCAGACCCUGGUCUACAUGACCAUCAACGUGGUGCAGAACGACCAGCUCAGGGACCUGGCCCGGAUGGCCCACCAGUUCCAGCUCCUGGCCAACAGCUCCAAAGCAGCCUUCGCGCGCUUCGGGCGCGUGCUGUCGCCGCACCUGAUUGUGGUGGUGCGUGAGGAAAGUGACCUCGACGGAGAGCCGAAUGAGAAUGGGCGGAACCUCACCGCGCACCUGGAGCAGGCUCUGAGCAGUCCGGGCUUUGCUGCAGAUAAGGCGCUGAUCCGUCAAAUCUUCAGGUCUCGGGAGGCCUGGUCUCUUGAGGAGCUGCCUCUGGAGGCCCGCAAGGCCCUGCGAACUGGUGUCGACCAUGUGGCAGGACGCCUCUGGCGCCGCUCCGGUGAGGUGGUGCUGCAACGCACUGUCGACGCCUUGAGGAGUCGCCAGCGGACCAUGCCUCAAAGUGGCCUGGAGCUAGCAGAGUGGUACCGAAGUGUGGUCGCAACCGUCAACAGCCACGACGAGGGAGCUCUAGAACGCCUCAUUGGCCACACCGAGAGACUCGACGUCGCACGGCAGCGGCAGCUUCUGCUGCAGGACGGCUUUGGACGCAUCUUGGCCCUCCUGGCAGGAAUGGCCUUGCUGUCCGCCUUCGCCGCCUCCUUGGGCCAUUGGCUCGACCGGCUUGCCUGGGUUGCCUGGAUCGCCUUGGCGGUCUGCUUCCUCGGCGCCUCACCCCUCUUGCGGACGCCUCUGGGCGGCGUGGCGCAGAGGUACUGCGACCACGUGAUGACCAAGGCGUUAGACGGCUGGAUGAGGCAGGUGUGCCUGGAGGCCUCAGCGCAAACCUUGGCCGGAGCGGUAGCGUCAGUGUUGGGUGCCUUGAGCUAUCCGCUCCUGACCCGGCAGCUGAAGUGGCUGCUUUCGCUUCUGCCACUCCCUGCGCAGCUACAUCGGUCUUUUGUGCUGAUGCUGCUGGUGCUGCUGGCAGCAUGCCUGAUGCUUCUCCAGGAGGCUGUAAACGAGCUGGCUUUCGGCGAUCGAGGCAGUUUGCUGUUCGCUUCGGGUGCCGGGAGCCUUAUCCUGGCGGUCAUCGUCCAUGGCGCGGCGCUGAUGCAGCAGGUCCUCCAGAACCACGCCUACACGGCUGCAGGCGAUCGCGGCCGCGCGCUUCAUUUCUACAUCGCGGAACGAGAUGCCAAGGUUGCGGAACUGGAGGAGACAAAAGAGUGGAGGCAACACUACAGGCUCCACAGCGCAACCGACUGCUUCUGGCGCUUCCGCCGCGGACCGACCUGGCAACAAAGCGUGCAGCUGGCGCAGGCCUCCGGGCUCCUUGUUUGGGCCUGGCUUACCUUCCCGCGCUGGGACGCCCUCUUUGCUGCAGGCUCCGCUGGCAACGCGAUGCAUUUGUUGCACCUCCUGGCCCGCUGGCUCCGCCGGCGCUGGCGGGGCGCAGGCGAGGACGAGGUCAGCAAGUGGCUCUCGGGCCUGGAGGAGGAGCAGGAGGACAGCGACGCCGAGCCACAGGCGGCCGCAAAGGAAGAGGCAGAACCGGUGGCUCCACCUGUCAUCCCAGAGACUUUUGAAGAGGUUCAACUCCGCAUGGAAAUCGAGCAGAUGCGGCAGGAGCAGGAGCGGGCAGCUCAGGCGCGCUUUCGCCUCACAACGAAGACGCCCAGCCGCCAGGCGACGGAGUGCCAGAGAGAUGGCUUCAUCGCCCUAGUGAAGCUCGUGAAGCCUUUGCUGAACAUGUGUGGGUCAUGGCUGCUGUAG